UGUCACUGGGGGUAUUUUUACACCCGCGCUAUAAAUAUCGGGUCACUCCUCAUGUCGUCACGGCGGAGGGUUUUUUCUUCUCCUUCAGGUCUCAGGUUGAGCUCACUGAGAAUAUAUAAACCACGAGAGGCUCCCGGAUCCUCAGACAGUCAGAGAUCUCUGAGAGGAUGAGCGUCGGCUGCGACACGAGCGUCAGGCGGAUUCUCCGCGCGUCUCAACGCUUCAGGUCCACUAAAGGGGCGUCCAAAGCCCGGCGAGACCACAUCAAUGGAGAGAUCCGGAACAUGCGGGCGCUGCUGCCCAUCUCAGCUGAAGACCAGGAGCGUCUGUCCUACCUGCACUCCAUGUCUCUCAUCUGCACCUACGUCAGGAAGACCGUGCUCCUCCAAGGUGUUCACCAGGACGCUGCUGGAGUUUCUCCUCUCUAUGAGAGUUUUCUGCAAGCGCUGCCUGGAUUUAUUGUCGCUUUGACCAGAGACGGGAAACUGGUCUACGUGUCUGAAAAUGUGCCAGAAUACCUCGGCCUGUCGAUGGUGGAUGUGCUUCAGGGAGACACUUUCUAUGAUAUGAUGGACAGUCGUGAUGCAGAAGCCGUGAAAGUCGUUUUGAGAGAGCAGGCGGUCUCCGCAGAGCGCAGCUUCGUGUGCCGCAUGCACACCUCCAAAGCGUUCCGGCUCCAGUACGGCAGCUGCUGCUCCAUGCUGGUGAGGGGGCGAUUCCAGGCCGGCCCGCCGGACACCGCUCUGUUUGUGGCCCUCUGUACGCCCACAGUCGACAGAAUGAAGGACAGCGAGCUCCUGAGGGCCUCAGCCUGCUUCCAGACGCUCCACAGACCGGACAUGAGGCUCACUCACGCCCCCUACAGUGUCUUGUUCCACCUGGGUUUCUCAGCAGAGGAGCUGAUUGGUCGAUCAUGGUACGAACUCCUGCAUCCUGAUGACCUCACGCUCGCCGCCGGCUGCCAUCAGACACUCACUCGCGGUGACGGCGAUGCAGACGGAGAGAUGCUGGUGCGUCUGCUGUGUAAGGAUCUGUCGUGGAUCUGGCUCUAUGUGUGUGUGGCUGUGGACAGAGCCAGAGAGGUGAUCACCUGCACCAAUCACGUCCUCAGUGAAGCGGAGGCGGUGUAUCUCAAAGACAAACUCUACGGCGCUCUGGCGUCUCAGCGUCCCGUCCACUCAGCUCAGAGACCGAGGGAGCGUGAGACGGUCAGGAGAAGCUCAGAGACCAGCGACUGCUCCGGCGGCACAGACGGGGAGCUCAGGAGCACCUCGCUCACGGUCAGAGAGCAGCUCGCCUUCUCCACCCCGCCCUACAGCCCCACUUCCUCCCACUCCUCUGACUUCCUGUCUGAUGGCUACGGCACGUUCGAGCAGCUGACGGAUGGGUUCUGUCCGUCUCAGGCGUUCUCUGACCCGUCCUGCGGCGUUCCUCCGGUCUGUCUGCCCGACGCUCAUCUCGUCCCCAUCUACCGGCCCGUGCUGGACGUCUGUGAGGCUGCGGCAGACUGCGUUCUGCAUCCGGAGGACUUCAGCGUGUUUCCUCUUCCUCACUCUGACAAUCUGCUCACGCCUGAGGCCUCGCCCACUGCUGACGGACGCUUCCUCUACAGCGAGACGGAGCGGGCCGAGAUCGGGACUCUGGCCCAUCAGAUCCGCUCUCUUGCCAGCAGCUUCGACGCCUACAGCACGACACGCCACCUGCAGCCUGACGGCGCCCUCUGCUGGCCGCCCGCGCCCGAGCUGCUGCUGGACGAGACCGUCAUAGACAGCAUCCUGAGAGACCUGGUCUCGGCCAAAGAGCCGGACUGUGUCUGGAGCCGGAGUGCAGCCGGAGCGUUCUCAGCGCAGCAGUGCCGUCAGAUCAGCGCCGAGCUGCAGCAGCUCCAUCAGUGUGUGUAUCGAUCAGACGCCGCUCUGACGCUGACGGAUCAAUCCAUCAAUGACUGAAGUCCGUCACUUACACUAGUAACCCAGUAUGGCAUAUUGCCGUGGCAACCAGUGGCUGGAGAUGUGAUGAGGUUUGGUGAGAACCGGUUUCUCAUAUUUUUUGGAGAAUUAUUUACCCACCUGCGGUGUUUUCUGAAUGUGAAGAAUCAGUCAGCACUGCCGUCUUUCUGAACUUUUACCAGCAGUCGUUCUGUUCCGUGUGUUGCUAGUGGCUCGGUAGCAUGUACUACAUGUAGUUUUUGUAAACGACUCAAUAAUAAGCUACCAUGCACUUACUCAUAUGACAAAAACAGCGAGAUCCUGAAACAAGAGCGAUGAACUGAAGCUACCUCAUGAAGCGAAUGCGAUCACUCCAAACACUCGUUCUGUUGUGUUGCUGUAUAUUUAUUUUCUGUGGUUUAUGUUAGAUUUGUAGAUCAUUGGAGCAAACAGACAUUCUGCUUCAUGUAUGAUGUGAAAGUUUCUCUUGCGGCGUCACUGAAUCUCUGUGGUUCUCACGUCAGGGUUAUCUAUAAUGUUUAGAGCAAUCAUGUACAAAAAAACAGUUUAUUUAUAUAUUCUUGCUCUUUGUUUCUAUUUUUGUAAGUAAAGUCAAUAAAGUUGUUAAGAGGACUAAAA